AUGGCGCUUGUCACCUACUGUAACUCCCGCAAGAACAGGGCCAGGACGUCGAGCACAGACGACGUCGACGAGCCGAGCACAAUGCGCAAGCGCGCUCGUUCGUCGACGCUCAAAUCAGCGCUGACCACAGAUCCAUACAAAAAGUUAAAGAAAGCCUUGCCAACGCCAAAGAGCCCCACCGACGUAGACGCGGCAUUCCAAACACCCCACCCAACCCUACUUACCGAAUCCCAGGUAUUCAAGCUCCAAUCAUCCAGGCCAGUCCCAGAACAGGAGUUCUCCCCCAUUCCUCUUGCAAAGUCAUAUCUACCCGACUCUCAAUUCGCUCGGAACAACCGCACCAGCUCUAGAAACCUUAAAGAAAAUAUGAAUGUCAAAGAACACGAGCGUGAAUACCUGGAACCGAUAACUACCACCCCGGGAAGCGCAAGCUCAGGAUCUCGAUCACGUUCCCGAAGUGCUUCGAGGACAAGGCCCUCAACGUAUAGUCGCAAAUCACGAUUUCGAAAGACCAUGAACACUGUAUCCUCGCAUAUAUCCUCUUCAACGACCCUCUACCACUCCUCUUCUAAAAAAUCCAAGCAAUCACGAACACUAGCAAGUCCAUUCACGUCCCGGCCUCAAUCACCGUCCGACUUUGAUCCGGCCCUCAUUUCCAAAAACAUGGGCCCUCCUCCGCUUCCUGAAUCUACAAAAAAGAAACGUACCCUCUCAGACACCCAUUACAAUCCAAAUCUUCCCAGCCCCGUAUCCAAACAACACCAGCUUCAGCAGCAACUCCAAUCUUCUGCACUUCCUCUCCCAAGCCCUAUCCCAUACCCUCGAGGAAGAGGACGAAACUACUCCCAAAGCACGCAUACAUCCCCCAACCAACCCGGUUUCUCCUUCUCCCCGUUUCCUACUCGCAAAUCUCGAGACGAGAACGCCAAUUUGACUUUAAACAACAAACACCGUCGACCCUCCGUUGCUUCCCAUCAACAACCAUCCACGUUCGAUGAUUCCUUCAAACCCUAUUCCGCUCUGGGAAUCGUUGAUUUCAAUAGACCUCCGUCGCAACUGAGCUUGUACGGCGGCGCUUUUGGGGACGAUUCCGAAGAGGAAGAGGAAACGAAUGACACUCGCGCCGAGCCGGAGGUAGGCCUUGGAAAACGGAGGAGGAGGAGUUCUGGAUGGUCGUGGGAUGCACCCUGUAACGAUCUUUUUGGAACGGAUGUGUGGGGUGUAUCGACACCUGCUCAUAAACUCAAAAGAAUGCUUUCCCUUCCUGACGAUUUAGGUGCUGGGAAGAUUGACGGCCAUGCUGACCAAGUCUGUCCUUCACUUGCCGUGAACACGGAUACAAAUGUCGAUGUAGUGGAAGAAACGGUCAACGCGAAAACGAACCCCAGACUCUCAUCAACGUCCGUACCUAUUCGUAUUCCCAAAAAAUCGCAGCCACUCUCGGAUGCAACGACGAUGAAAGCUCACUCUCUCCCUCAACCCGAGACGACAACGAGGGAUUACUCAUGGGUAACUGAUAGCAUUAUUUCGCCGCCCACGGUUUACCUUCAUGCUCGAGAGGCAAAAGAGAACCUCCUAGGGCCCGCCUUCGUUUCUGGAGGUAGCAAGACAUAUGAUGCGUCGUCACCCGACUCGGAAUUGGAGAAAUCCGGUUCAGACCGUGCAGGAAGAGAAGAUAAAGAGAAAUUGGAGUCCUUAUUCGACAGCCUUGAUUUAGACUUGGAGUCGGAUGAUAUCGAACCUACCACCACCACCAUUUCCCCACAAGAACAGGAUAAGACCAUCGUGAAUGCUUCAACCGACGAACCUAAUCCCACGCCUGCACUGCCACAGUUCAACAGGUCUAGAAGCGGAACUAUUCGUUCCUUCAAUAGGACGCAGCGGAGUGGGAGUAUUCUUGAUUCUGGUGCACCACCAGCGAGGACGAGGAGUGGGACUGUUCUUGGUCCUAGGCCUUCUGUUGCUCCCACCACGAGUAGAACGAGGAGUGGGACUAUUGUUGCGCCUGCUGCUGCUGUUUCUGGUAGGGUAGGGUCUUCCGCAGCUCCCAGUAGGACGCGGAGUGGGACCAUCCUCGCACCGCGUUUGAGGGUGAGGAGUGGGUCGAUUUUAGCUGGUCCUGACCUGCCCAUCAUUUCUGCAGAAAAUCCUGAAAAUGAGAACGAAGAAGAGCGUCAAGGGAACUUAUCCAUUCCAGAAAACGACGGAAAUUCAUCAAUCGCAGAAGAGCCUAGGCUCACCGAAACUCCAGAUGUGGAAAUGGAAGGGGACAUGGGAUAUGCAGACGACUCGUUCUCUCCGCCCGGCUCGUCCUCCCCCGACCCUAUAGACUUUCUUUCGUGCCGGACUGGUGAGGGGAUGUGGGCCGUUGCUUGGGAUCCUCCUUCUCCUGUUGUCACUCGGAAGAAGACGGUGAAGGUGGGAGUGGGGAAGAAGGCGAUGAUGUCGUUUGGGCGUGGGAAGCUGGGCGCUGCGAGAGCUGGGAAGAGGGGGAGGGGGAAGGGGAGGAUGAGGGCUGUUGUUUUUGAGGACAUGCUGGAUGAACUUGAUGAUGGUGAUAUGGAGCAUGUGGGCACUGAUCCUUUGAAUAUCUGA